UAUACAAAAACUUUGUAUCUAAAUGUUGCUUUAAAAACGUCCUCCGGCAACUACUUCUAAGCGUCAGAACAACAGUCAAUAGAACCCAAGUAGAGCGACGUAUGUUAGUCACGUUGAACGGGAAUGAGAGACAGGUAUGCGAGGUGAAACGCGUAUAAGAUUGGCCGCGUGUCCAGAAGCGGGGGAUAAAAUGCAUGGAUAGUAUCGUAGUGUAGCGUCACUAUACAUGCGAUCCGCGUUUCUCGCGUAUCACCUCGCAAGGGCGAAGGGGAGGCGAGGAACCGCGACUAGGAGGUGGGGGUGAAGCGACAGGAGUUUGUCGAGUUACCGAGAGAUCGCGCUCAUGUUGUUUUUUGGGUCGUUCGUUCGUCAGCUCCGCGCGACUGCCAGAGCUCAGUUGUCGCUCAGUUCGGCUCAGCGCGGCCACCCGAAAAGAAAGGGGGUUUAACUUGCAUAUGUGUGCCUAUACGUACGCGUGUGCGCGACUCCUUUGCAUUACUGUCAAUUACAUUAAGAAGGUGAAAUUGUAAAAACCCCCUAGGGUCACAAGACCCCAUGGUUAUUUAUACCGUCUUCUACCUGCUUACCGUAGAACAAGGUCAUAAAAGGGAUACAGCGGACCUAUAGAAAAAAAAAAAAAAAAAAAAAAAACAUAAAUAGAGAAAAAGAGUAGGGCAGUACUAGAGGCUACGGUUUUAGUGGAAAUGGUCACUAGCAAUUCCCAGUAUCGCUUAUAAGUUCGGUCACUGGGAUUUCAUAUUUAAAAAAAAAGGGUUGGGUUUUAUGGUUUUUUUUUUUGUUGUAACUGCGGUAAAAUUCAAAUGUGUCAGUGAUAAAGUGAGACAUUGAUACAAAAGAAUAAAAUAAACACGACUUGAUGUGACGCUUCGUGAUCGAGGUGUGCAAUAAUAAAAAAGUGAACUUUAUGAUGAAGUUUGCAAAAGAUAGAUCACUGAAAGAAGAAACGCAUGCAUGCGUGACUUCUGUAAUUUUUAUAAGAGGAUUUAGUAUUUUAGUUUUAAAUAAAUUAGUUUAUAAAUAUUGAAUAUUGUGAAUAAUUAAUAUUUAAAUAAUUAAAUUAUCAAAUGUAUUUGAUGUUGCCAAGUGUUUUUUGUCACAAUUUAUUGCAUAUUUUAAGCUAAACAGUUUACGUUAAGAACUUGAUGCCAAAGUGUGCUGUGUUUUUGUUUUCUGUUACAACCUUUUCAUCUACUGGAUUUCUCAUCUGGAUCAUCUCAACUACGACUUUGAAAAAAUAAACAAUAAAUCGUUACGGAUAAAAUAAAAUAAAACACGUGGGCGACAACACGUCAAAUACUUUAUCACCGUGUAUUCUUGGCGGGAUUAUCCACGCGUUCUGUCAAUCUCGAUUCACCCUUUCCUAUCCCAUUUUAAUCGUUUUUUUAUCCCCGGCUACGAUUUUCCACCCCUCCACUGCCACCCUUCCACCUGUCUACUGCGGCGCUACGCGGGGUCACUCACACAAAUACUACUCCUGCGCAUACACAUACGCGCACACGGACGCGCGUCUUGACGGGUAUCGGAUCGUACCCCUACUUUUUGACGUUCAUUCCCCACACAUAAUCUCUUUUUAUUUUCCUUCGAUAUUUCUCACUCCUAUACAACCCAUCCAUCCUUUUCUUCUGUCACUUUUCUUCCCUCUCAACCGAUCUCACAUUUCAUUUUUUUCGGAUUACUAAUGAACAUACGAAUUCGGGCGAUGACAAUACUCUGCAACUAAAUAACUAACCUUUACGACGACAAUAAUAAAUCGCGAACGUCGGAAUAACUGUGUCGUUAUUCUACAAUCACGAUCUGCACCAUCGCCGAACACGUGUCCUGCUCAACGGCGACCCUGUACGACAAUGUUCACGCCGCGCCGCUAUGCGGCUCCGGCGUUGGGCAUCCUGGCUCUAUUACACCGAUGGGUACAGCCACCGGAGCGGGAAAUUCCACCGGGGUGACCUGGUGGGCCAUGAUGAACGGUGGCGUCUACGAAGAAAGUCCGCCGCCGAUUCCACCACCAGCCUCGUCAUUGAUUUCGAUCCACCAGCAACACCAACAGCAAACAUCAACACCUGGAUCCCACCAGCAAGCAACGACUCCAAGUUCACCUGGUGCACCAAGCUCUGUGACAGCAUCAGCUCCUGCCCCAACAGCCAGUGCAAGCUCGACAUCUCCAAGCGCUUCUUCGGUUGCCAGCAACAGUGCAACUGGGCCACUUCACAUUCCAGCUAAAAGAUUGACCGCAACGCCCAUUGCCGGGACCACCUACGGUGAGGUAAAUUGCGUGGAAGGGUCCGGUGUCACUGGAACUACCACGGGGGUCAUCAGGCACUCGCAUUCGUCUUCAGCAGGUUCACAGGCUGGUUGGACUUCUUACAGUCCUCACAACCCUCAAGAGGCUUACCACUCGUCAGCUGCCACGGCAGACGCAUUGAAUCAUCACCAAGCGUACGGGGGUACUAACCCCCCAACUUAUUACAACCUGGCGGACUCCGGAAUAGGAUCGUCGAGAGAUAGUCGCAAGUCCAGUAGUGCUCUGAGCUUCUGGUCUCCAGCAACGGCAAGUUCUGGGCCAGCAGCUACUGGUGCGACGAACUCUGAUUACAAGUCUUACAACUCAGCAAGUACCGGAGGUACAGCAGCAACUUCUUCUGCUGCCUCAACAGCUGGUGCUACUGACCCAACAGUUUCAACUGGCCAUCAGAGUUUUUCUCAGAGCUGGUGUAACUACUCUCCGUACGCAAGUGCCAGGCAUCAUCAUUCUGUUGAUACGUCCCACCAUCAUCCUCAUUCCCAAGCUGGCGUGUCGUAUCUGACCUCAUCGGCACCUGACGAACGAGGGAGAAUGGCAGCUAUGGUUGCAGCCGAGAGUGCAUUCCCACAUGACGGAUACGGAAGUCUCAGAAACUAUGGAGCACCUGAACCCGUUGCAUCCAGCCCCUACACGACACCAGGGAUCUGGGGUUCUUCCCCAUCUUCCUUGUUUCCGGCAGGUACAUUGGGCAUGCCAGUGAGUGUACCUGGAAUGGGCGUUAGCUGCACCGGAGGAAAUCCACUUCACGAGUGGACUGGCCAAGUGACAGUGCGAAAGAAACGUAAACCGUACUCGAAAUUUCAGACUCUUGAAUUAGAAAAAGAAUUUUUGUUUAAUGCCUAUGUGUCAAAACAAAAAAGAUGGGAAUUAGCGCGUAAUUUAAAUUUAACCGAACGACAAGUCAAAAUAUGGUUCCAAAAUCGACGGAUGAAAAACAAAAAAAAUAGUCAGCGUCAAACCCAGCAAAACAAUAACAACAACAAUAACAGCAGUGCAAACAAUGCGAAUCAUCACGGCACCGCCAGCGGUAAUCAUCAUCAUCCUGGAAGUACUCAUGGUCCAUCGAGCCAUCACGUCCAAGUCAGCCAGACCCACCAUGCAAAUGGCUCGGCGAAACAUCAUCAGUGACCCGUGGCCUUCUCUGGGGUCUUUGGUCACCAAUCGCAACAAACUUCGACUUCUGUCCACAGCAACAGCAGUGGCAGCCUAAACACUCACGGCCUUGCGGCCGCAGCCGCCGCAGCAGCUGCAGCAGUCAGCCAGAGCCACAGUUUCCAUCCAACCCAAGCAUCCCAACUUGCAACAGCUCUGCCUCCGCACGCAACGACGACCGUUACCGCAUCUCCAGCUGUUCACUCUCAUCAUCCUCAUCAGUUGGCUCAUAUGGCGGCUCAUCAGCACACAAUGUUGUUCCAUCAGUCCACCCAUGGUCUUGCCGCUUAACCACCGAGAUGCUGAUCAUUAACAAUCAUCAUUAAAUAAAUAAUUAGCGGAUUAAAAUAUACCGUGAUGUUGUUAAUACUUUGAACGUCAGGACUCAAGAACUCCCAGAGAAUCCGUUAUUUGUAUAAGACAGUACUUGUAUACAUUUACACUAAACAGGUACAUAUAUAUAUAAAUAUAUAUAAAUAAUAAAUAUACGAUGUCAUUAAUACGUUAAAGUUAUAGUACACGGACACUCGAUGAUAUUUAUUCUGAGUGAGGCAAGAGACUUGUGUCGAGUGGACAUAUAAUUAUAAUUAUGAUAAUAAUAAUAAUGAUAGAUAAUUUUUUUGACUGCUAUACACUAUGUGUAAGUGAGACAGUAUAAUAAGAAAUAAAUCAGUAUGAUUGGCAUGAAUUAUAAAUAAAGUGAAAGACAAAAUUAUUUACAUUCGUUAUUAAAGUAAUUUUUUUUUUUUUGCUGAACUUUGAGCUUUGUUAUUUAUUAAUUUGUUUUUUUAAAUUCAAUAUUUAAUUGUAUAUCCUGCCGAUAUUGUCUUAUUAUUAAGUUUUUGUCUUUCGUAAUUUUGUUAAAAAGUUUUUUUUGUUUUUGUUUUUACGCGGGUCAGAAAAUUUAGUCGGAUUUUAGUCAAUCUUUGGGAUUUUAUUAAAUUUUGAGCUAUUUUUGAUCUAAAGAUUAGUAACAAGCUGAAAAAAUAGUUGAUGGAUUAACUCUGAUUUUGAAUUAGAGGUGAUCGAAACCAGACGAAAAAAUGUUGACAACAAGUCUGAAAAUAGUCUAAAUAAAGAAGAGUAUACAGAAAAUAAGGAUUUCUUGACGCAAGAAAAAUUUUUAUCUAUGAAAUGAAAAAUAAUAUUUCCUAGAGAAUAAAAAAAAAUUUCUUGGCUUAAGAAUUUUUUUCAUGCCUCAAGAAAUCUUUUCUUACCUCAAGAAAAUUUCUUCUUGGCUCAAGAAAUUUUGUUUUUACCCCAAGAAAAUUUUUGUUUUCGACUCAUAAUCCGAAGAAUUUCUUAGUGCAAGAAAUAAUUUUCUUGAGCCAACAACAAAUUUUCUUGAGAUAAAAAAAAUUUCUUGAACCAAGAAAUUUUGCGUAAUCUUAAAAAAAUUUUAGUUUUCAUUCCAUAAUGCAAAAAAUUUCUUAGGACAAGAAAAAUUUCCUUGAAGCUAGUAAAAAUUUUUUGCGCCAAGAAAUCCUUAUUUUCUGUGUAUGAACUAACUUCGCAUGUUAAUAAGAAACGAAUAAAAAGUAAAAAGAAACAAAAAUGGCUUAAAAUUCUCAUUUGAUGUAAAAAGAGAUAAAAUUUUCUGACCCGUGCAUAUAAAAGAGAGAAUAAAAAUGUUGCAAUGAUAUCGGAUGGGUCAAUUAUGUAGCACAAUAUGCUAGGCCCUACUGAGAAAUCUGUCCAAUUCGUAACGAGAUAGUAUUUCUCCACAUAUACAUAUAUAGUUAAUGGAAUAGGAAAUAAAUUAUAAAUAAACUAUAGAGGUAAAAAAAUUAGUCUUGCCUAAUCGAGCCCUUGAGUCCCUCAAUGAAACUUUUGUGUGCAUUAAUUUUUUAACGCGCAUAUAUAUUAAAUAUAUUGACCCGUAAGUCAUAAGAUUGAUAAGGUAGAAAAAAAAAUUCAGCAAAUGAUGACUCAAUAAAUUAAGUGAUGAUGAAUAAAGGGAUUAUCGAUUCAGGACUUGGACUCUAUUUAUUAUAAAAUAAAUAUGUAAUUAUCUCGUUGAUUUGAAUUGUGUGGAAUUUAAAAAAAGUUUCGAAUUUAAAAAUGAAAAUUUUAUCUUUGAUGGUCACAAAGGAUCUAUAGGAUUUCAAGGUCUUAAUAAGCUAAAAAAAACUAAUCGAUGUUUUUACUUAAAAUUUUAAUUUUACUUGAGAAAAAAAAUUAUUUAAAAUUGACUGGGAUUCUGUAGAUUCUAUGUUACCGUUAAGGAUUUGGAUAAAUUAUCGCUUAUCUCAUCCAGCCGCCUUCAAUUGUGAGUAACCAUUCACUCAUGUAAGCCCGUUCGAAGAAAAUUCAGUUCCAAAAAAAAAUUCCAAAAAGUUUGACAUGUAGAACUUCGUGAUUUGAGACAGAUCAAAACUUCAAUCUUGACUUUUUUCAAAUUUAGAUGUUAACAAUAUAAAAUAUUUGAGUUCAGGAAAAGUUCAAAAAUUUCUAAUUUGAAGUCUUUAUGAAAAAAAGGAAAAGAGACAUAUUAUACGUUUUUAGAAUUCCGGUAGGAUCUUCUAAUUUGACUCAAAAUUUACCUGCAAAAACUUUUAAAUUAACUAUCUUUUUUAUUAUUGAAAUCCUAAAAGUUCCAAAGAGUUAAAUUUUGAAAAAUACUGAAAUUAGCCAAAGUCCAAUAAUUUAUGAUUUUUUUUCAAAACAAUAAGUCAGAAAAGAAAAGAAAUAUUUUAAAAAAUUGUAUCCAUAGUUUUUAAAAGUUUCAACAUGUGUAUUUUUUUCGUUUUUUUUUUUUUUUUUUUUGUAAUUAAUUUGUCGAAAAAAAAUUCAAAAAUUGGUAAUUGUCUACUGAGGUCAGACCUUGGCGGUUCCAAAUUAUGGUAAUUUACCGCAUUUUAUCGUAAUUGACCGUCGAUACAGCAUAAUUUACGGCAAUUUAUGGCAAUUUAUAGGGAUGUCGGUAAUAUGCGGUACUUAAUAGUGAGUUACGGUAAAUUAUCAUGAUUUUGAGGCAUUUUUACCGCAAGCACCGCAAGUUUUUUAUUUUCACAGUUUUUGCAGUGCAAUAUUCCACUUGACGGUAAAGUAUCCCAUCUUACUGCAAAUUUACCGUAAAAUAUCGUACUUUGCUGUAAAAUGUUAUAUUUUUAGCGUAAAUCGCCCUUUUUCGCCGUAAAUUACGAGACUUAACCGUAAACACCGUAAUACUUUCAACUACCGUAAAUUACCGCAAUUCAGGUUCGCCAGAAGGAUCACCAACUUGAAGUUAAAAUCCGUUCCGAAUUUAGCAGUUCAAUAUGUCAAACUUUUUUGGAAUAUUCUUGGAACGCAUUGUUUGAACACGAGAAGAAAAUAAAUAAUUUUAUUGAAAUUGAGUAUUUUUGUGUAAUACGCGAAUAAGAUAUGACUUGAGACAUACACACGUGUUUCGAUUAACUCAGUUAAAAAAAAAAACUAUACUCAUUAUCUACCAAGGAAUGUGUGAUUAUUGUUAAAUAAAAUUUCAAUUAUUGACACAUUAUUAUCUAUGUAAAAAUAUUAGAUUGGAAAAUGACAUUAAAUAAAUAACGAAUCGUGACGGGUCGUUGGAUUAAUUAUUAUUGUACUUAAUGUUACAACUAGGUCUCAAAAUUUUGAGCUCUCUUUGUAACAAUUGCCAAAAUUAAGAGGUGACUGACGUGUUGUAUGAUUGGGAAAUAAAAAAAAAGAAUUUAAUUUUUUCGUCGGCUUCAUUAGAUCUCUGAUAGGAUGAAAUGUCUGUUUUUUUUUUUUUAAUAUUCUAUUAAUUUUGUAAAUUGACCGUCGUUUCGAAUGAAUUUUUUUUUUUUUUGCUAAUCACACUAUUAUUUUUCAAUUCAUUAUUUAUAAUUAAAACAUCCCGGUGAAAUAGUAAUUACUAUUAUUUUUAAAUUUAUUGCUAAAUUAACAAAUAAAAAUUAAAAUGUUUUAUUUUUUUGAUUGUAAGCUUGUUAAUAUUUAUUUUAAAAAUUAAAUACUAGUUAAUUAAUUCGAAACGCUGAUCAACUUAAAUUUAGCAAAAGAAAGGCCUUAAAAUUAUGAGCCUGUUGAAAUUAUUUUUAUUAUGAUCUGUUUUGUUAUGUGAGUAUGUAGAUAUUAUUAUUAUUAUGGCCUAUAUAUAAUUAUAUAUAUGUGUUGAAUGAGUACCUUGCACUUGCAUUGCGCGAAAAAUUUUUCAAAGGUCUGUGCUUCGAAAAUUUUUUUUGGUAGUAUUGAAAUUUAAUAAAAAAUAAUUAAUGAACGUUAAUUAAAGUGUAUUAUUUUAAUUGUUGCUGAAAAAAAUGAAUAUGUCAAAAAGGUGCUGUUUAAAACCUUGUAUACACGGAGAGAAAAUUAUGGUAACCAUUUAUAGUAAGUUUGUAUGAUAUCAACUAAUAACGUUAUGGUAAUAAUUACUGGGAAUUAUGGGGCAUACGCCCAUAAUGACAGCAAAAGUUUUCUGACUAUGGGAAAAAUUCUUAUAAUGAUGGUAAUAGUUCCUAUAUCGUAUGGUAAUGGAAUUAUAGUAAUGAUUACCAUACUUAUGUGAAUAGUUCGUAUUAUUACAUGGGAAUAGAUUCUAUAUUCAUAUUGUAACUGUUACUAAGUACAUAUGACUAUCGUCCCCAUACUACUAUGGUAAACUUUACCGUAUAUUGUGGCAAUUAUUACCAUAUAUUAUAGUAAUGAUUACCAUACAUUAUGGUAAUAGUUACCAUAAAAGAUAAUAAUGAUACUAUUACAGUAAUGAUUACCAUAUAUUACAGUAAUUAUUACUGUAAUAUAAGUAAUGAUUACCAUAAUAGUAUUAUUACCAUUCACUAUGGUAAUAGUUACCAUAAUAGACAAUAAUGAUACUAUUACAGUAAUGACUUCCAUAUAUUAUAGUCGUGAUUACUGUAAUAUAUGGUAACGAUUACCAUAAUCGUAUCAUUAAUAUAUAUUGUAAUGAUUACCGUAAUAUACAAUAAUCAUAUUAUUACGGUAAUUCUUACCAUACAUUACAGUAAUGAUUAGUAUAGCACAUGGUGAUGGUUACUAUAAUAUUAUAGUAAUAGUUAUUAUAAUAUAAUGGUAGUUAUUACCAUCAUACAUGGUAAAGAUAACCAUAAUAGUGUGGGAAUGAUUACUCUAAUGUCGUAGGAACUAUUACCAUAAUUUGUAUCGGUGUCGUUUCUAUAAUCAAUAUUUAAAAAAAAAACUGUUACUAUACGUUAUGGAAAUAAUUCCUACAAUAUACUGUAAUUUUUACCAUAAAUUUGUCUCUGUGUAAAGCAUCGAAAAUAAAAAUAUAAUAAUUAUAAAAAUAGUAUGAAUGGUUGAUUAAAGUCGACGGAUUAAUAUAAAUCAGUCAGAGUGAUGCUUUUUAUAUAAAUUAAUUUAAAUGAAUAAUUAUGUACCAUCGUAAUUAGUGAUGAUUAUGUUACGGACAAUGUUUAAUAAGAUUUUAAGAUUAUUAAUAUUAAUUAUUAUUAUUAUUAGUUACUUUUAUUAUUGAUAUUAUUUUUAUUAUUAAUUAUUAUUAUUGUGAACAUCACGUUAAUAUUAUGUUAUUGUUUUAAUUGUGUGUUGUUUUGUAUGUACCUAUCAUCCUAAAUAAUUAUUGUCGGUAGUAAUUAAAGGUGAUAAUUAUUAUUGAAUAAGAAUGAUGAUAAAAAAAUAAUUAUUUACUUAUAAUGGUGAUUAAAAAAAACCGUGUUAUUAAAUGUGUAUACUGUUUUCAUUCGCUGAUAGCUAUUAUGUUAAUAAUAACUCCUAUUCAAACACUUAACACAUACCUACUUCUAGUACCAUACCUAAUUUCCUGUAGUACCUACAUAAAGAGAAAUUUAUGGUAACAAUUACAAUAUUUUAUGGGAAUGGUAUCCAUUUUAGAUAGGAAUAGAUUUCUUUAAAUUAUCGAUUAUAGAAAUAAUACCUAUACUACUAUGAUAAUAGUUACCAUACAUUAUAGCGAUAGUUUUUACACGCUAUAGUAAUGAUUAUCAUCGUACAAUGGUAAAGAUUACCAUACUAAAAUGGUAAUAAUUACUAAAGUAGAAUGGUUAUGAUUACUAUCGUGUAUGGUAAUGAUUACUAUUGUAGAAUGGUAAUAAUUACCAUAGAAUAAUGGUGAUGACUACCAUAGAAUAAUAGUAACUAUUACUGUGGUAGAAUGGUAACGGUCACCAUACUAUAAUGGUAACUGUUCUCAUAAUAUAAAGGAUUACUAAAUGUUAUGGUAAUCAUUACCAUACUACUAUAUUAAACGUCACCAUAUAUUAUGGGGUUAUUUCUAAAUGUUCUUAGGAAUCAUUCCAAUAUGGACGGAAAAUUUGUUCCUAUUGCCUAUGGGAACUAUUCCCAUGAGUAUGGUAAUCAUUACUAUGCAAUAUAGGAAAUUUAGCACAUAGGAUUUUUCCCCAUAGAUGGAAACAUUUCCCAGGAAGUAUUGACGUACAUCCCAUAAUUCCAAGUAAUUAUUACCGUCACCUUAUGGUUCAUAUUUCAUAACCGUAUUAAGAAUGGUUACCAUAAAUUUCUCUCAGUGUACCCUAAUAAUAUUUAAAUCCUAAUAGUUAAUUUCUCUGCAUUUGUUUUUAAAAUUGGGAAAACAUAACGCUUCUUUUUUUGUAAAAGGAAAAAAACCCUCUAGAUACGAAUUUAGGCAAGUCUAUGAAUAUAUAUAAUUAUAUAUAGUAUUUAAUAAAGUGAAAAUAAGAAUUGAAGAAAAUUUUUUUCUAAAAGAUUUAUCAUUUUUUAAUAAUUGUAAGUAUUUAAUUAUAAUUAUAAAAUGCGGAUUAAAUUAAGAAAAAAAAAAUUUUACCUAUUUGUAACAAUUUGCAAUAAGUGGUACUUAGUAUCUUUGUAUUAAUUGGCUCUCGGCUUAUAUAAAGUUAUAUUAAUUAACAGAUGUUUAGAUGCUAUUUGUAAAUAAAUAAUAAAGAAUGAGACGUAUACACUCUUGUAUCCAAGUGCAAUAAUAAUAAAAAUGUGUUUAAUUUGUGCCAAAGUACAGCCUAAGCGUGGAUUUUAAAAAAUGAAAUUACUCUCUCUUAAAAAAAAAAAAAAAAAAAAAAAAAAAGUUAAAAAACUAUAAAGUAUAAAAUGGAUUACAAAAUAACAAAUAAAAUAAACGGAGUAAAGAAUUAUGCGUUUUAUUGUAGUUUACUUGAGAUCAAUUAAAUCCCACGAUUUGUCACGAUUUGAAAUUAAAAUUUUUUAAUUAUUAAUUAGCAGCAGACCGCAACUUUGUAUAGAAAUGUAGUAUUUAUUUCUGAAAGUUCAUCAAAAAUUAUAUUUAAGAAUCUCAUCUGCUUAGUUUUUAUUAAAAUAAGAAAAAAUAAUAAUAAACAAUUCAAUAAUUCGAAAAAUAAAAAAAAACAUAUGCAUAAAAAUUAUUUAAAUAUCUUCAUUAGAGACAUACACUGUAAAAAAUUACUGGUGUAAAAAUGGUGUCUGUGUUGUAGAUUAACGGUGUUAAAUUUUUGGUGUGAAAAUAGAUCCGAGGACCACACCGUGUCCUUGGUGUGCAUUGGCGGUGUGAAACAUUAAGCGGUGUAUUUUUAACAGUUUGGGAGUUACUUUUCACACCAUUUGGUGUAAUGUUCUUAAAACUCAUAGAUCGUCAAAAAAUAUAGUCAAAUAUUUUUAACUGAAAAAAUUACUCAUUACACCGUGAAAAAAUUUUGGUGUGAAAAUAACAUUCGUGGUGUAAAUGUACGGUUCUGAAUUUUUAGUGUGUUGAAUUUUUAGUCUUGAGGACUUUACACUAUGUCUUUGGUGUGCAUGGACGGUGUGAAAUUUUUUCGGUGUUAAGCAUCAAGCGGUGUAUUUCUAAUACGGUGUAGGUGUUAUUUUUCACACCAUUUGAUGUAGUGAACUCCGAUCGUAUAUAUUGUCAAAAAAUAUAGUCAAAGAUUUUGAACUGAAAAAAUUCCUCAUUACACCGUGAAAAAUUUUUGGUGUUAAAAUGGUUCCCGGGGAUUUUUCACGGUUUCUUUGGUGUGAAAUUAUUUUGGUGAUAUAUAUUAAGCUGCUCACUUUUCACACGGUGUGAGUCUUAUCGUUUACACCAUUUGUAGUGUGAUUAUUAUAAUUCACAUGGCCAUAAAUUAAAUACUACAUCGUUUAACUUUUACACCAGCGAUUUUAAAAAUCUUUACACCAAAUAACUUACACCACACCUUCAACUCAGAAUUUCUUACAGUGUUCUCAAAAAUUACACCAUUUUAGUUCCUAAUAAAAAAAAAACUAAAGUUAAAAAAAGUAUUCCCAAGUCCUGAAAAUUCUCGGUAAUGAGUUAUCUAAAAGUUGUUUAUCUAAAUGAUAUUUCAAAAAAAUACUUGAUUUGGCUGAUGCACUUUUCACUUAACCGUGAACUGAAUACUCCAACACGUUAAAUAACGGAGAGCUAAAUAUAUAAUAACUAAUAACUAUAAAAAUAAUAUGAACUUGAAGUAGAGAAAAAAAAGUCUCCUGACAAGCGACCUUAUUGCGUCAUCAUCAAUAAUUCUUGUGACAAAUUAGUUGACGUCACACGUAUGCAAUAUUACGAAUUACGACCCGAGAGUCGGACCUUCAUUGUGCCACGCGAGUAUAUUUAUAAAAUAAAAAAAAUAAACACGCAUCGGUACAUUGAUUUGAUCGACCUUGAACGUUUGUACACUCAUUUAACUCAUGUCCAAAAUUAAUUAAUUAAUAAAUUAAAUAAUAAUAUUAAUGAAGAAAAACAGAAAAAGAAAUGAGAGAAAAAUAAGCGAAAACCAGUUUUUUUUUGUACUCUAUAAAAAAAAAAUUAAUAAUUAAUAAAUAAGCGUCUUUAAGUCUUUAAGAUAUUCAUCAGCCUGUCUAGUUUUUCCUGAAUAAUGUAUAUGUAUAAAUGUACGUGGAUCUUUGUAAAUAAAGGCAUUAUCUCA